UAACCGGCGAUUUUCGGUGAUUUUCCAGUGAGAGCCGACGAACACGUUGCAAAUAUUUAUAAAAUUAAUUAUUUAUCUAUUUAUCGCAAUUGUCCCUCACUCGAACUUUUGAUUUCUUAAGAAUCGACGAAGAUUGACGUCGCUGUUGGAUUCGACACUUUGCAAUGAUAAUUCCUUAAUUGGAUCUUCGUUGCGGCAUUUUCCGAUGUUCGUGUCAAUUCGUCCGACGGAAUUUAAAUACGCGUUUAAUUGAAAUCGUCAUGAAAAUAUUGCGCGUCGAUAACCCUUAUCUCGUGCGCGGGAAAGCGAAUCGAUAGUACCGCAUCAGCUGUUUUAUUUCCCCCACCAGGAAUACACCCUUAUGGUCGCUACCUGUGUCCUCACGGCCAUAUUGGGCACAUACAUCGUCAGCAGGAGUGAAGAUGUUCUAUGGUAAAUGAGGCUUCCUUGAGACUCUCGGGGCGGACGUGUUUGUGGCUAUAAUACGCAGCCUGCGAAUCGUACACAACAAGAGCACGAAGCAUGGCAUGGCACUGCAAUGGCACUACGAAUCAAGAGAUGGUGACGAAGUUGAAAGACGCUGGUAUAUUGGCAACGGACAGAGCAGAGGCCGCUAUGCUAGCUGUUGACAGAGCAAAGUAUUGCCACGAAUCAGAUCCUUACCUCGAUCGUCCCAGAAGGAUUGGUUACAAUGUGACAAUCAGUGCGCCACAUAUGCAUGCGUACGCGUUGUCGAUUCUCUCCGAUCAACUCGUCGACGGCGCCAAGGCACUAGACGUCGGCUCGGGCUCGGGCUACCUGUCCGCCUGCAUGGCGUUCAUGGUGGGCUCGCGUGGACGCGUGAUAGGUAUCGAGCACAUUCCCGAGCUUAUAGAGAUCUCCACUAGGAACGUGCGUGAGGAUUCUCCGUAUUUCCUCAAGGAGGGACGCAUCAGAUUUGUCGUGGGAGACGGCAGAUUGGGAUACGCUGAUGAGGCCCCUUACAACGCUAUACACGUUGGAGCAGCAGCCGACACUUUGCCGCAAGAGUUGAUAGACCAACUAGCUCCCGGAGGUCGACUGAUCUGCCCGGUCGUCGCCAUACAAGGUUUCCAAAGGUUCCAAGAUUUGCUACAGGUGGAUAAGAGCGCAGACGGCGCGAUUACACAGAAGAAACUGAUGCAGGUUUCCUAUGUGCCCCUCACGGAUCCCACUACUCAGCUACGUAACACGAAUGUUUAGAUGCUGUCUCGCGACAGGCACAAAAUUCGAGUGGGUGAUUAACGAAUUGCGCGCGAAAAAUCGCUUAUCAACGAUAAUUCUCAAUAAACACCAACCAACAGUAGCAUCGAAUAUAAUUUCUCUCUCAACAAUGUAAGUGCAAUAUAAUAUGCGUUGCAAUAUAAUAGUUACAUCGUUGAGUGGGAAAUUAUAACGUUGUUGUAACUUUUACAAGUUGCAACAUUACCGUCAGUUCGUGUUUGUUGGGUUAGGACUUCUGUUCCCCCCGGAUUAAUUUUAUUUCUCUUAACACGCGUGCAAUCACUGACAUAGGCUUCUCACUUGCAAGUGUGAACUGUAUUAAUAAAUUAUAUUUUACAUAUAUCCUGUUAAAUAAUCCUUAAUUAUUGUACUCAUUCUUCCAGUUCUAUUAAAUUGUAACGAAUGAUUAUCACGAU